GGCCACGGGCGUGGGAGAACUACGAGAAGGAGCCGCACCUGGGCAUCAGCGAGGGCGGCCUCGCAAGGUUCGAGACUUUCUCAGCCACUGUGUCGAAGGGUUGGGAGCUGCGGUCCUCGAACGCCGUGGACCACGCCCUGGCCGACUACAUGGGCAUGAAGUGCUACAAGGACCGGCUCCGUCCUACGUGGGGGUCGAUCGUCUUGUUCGGGCUGCUGGUGAUUUGGCCUGAGCUGAGGAACCAGCUUCCGCUGGCCUUGCGAAGCCUGAAGAGCUGGCAGAGGCUGGUUAUCUCGGUGGAAGGGGGUCCCCUGCCUGAGGAAGCUGCCUUCGCCAUCGCCAUCUACUUCUUCGAGGCGGGGCUCCUGGAUGAAGCCAUCUGGGCCCUCGUGCAGUGCGACGUCUACGGGCGGGAGCAGGACAUGGAGAUGCUACGCGAGGCCGACAUCAUUUGGGAUGGCCGAUGCGUGGGCCUCCUGUUUGGCAUCUCGGCCCGAGGCGAGGAGGGCAAGACGGGCAGCAAUCAAGGGGUCGUCAUCCGCCGCGGCACCGUCGCGAGCCUCAUCCUGGCCCUGAAGGACGUCAAGAAGAAUGCCACGGGGCCCAUCUUCGGCCCCGAGCAGGCAGGCUUCCGCAAAGAGUGGCACCGCGGAUGUCGCUCGCUUGGGAUGCCCUGGGCGCCGCCUCCGCACGGGCUCCGCCAUUCGGGGCCCAGCGAGGACGUGGCCCGAGGACGGGCCAGCCUAGAGCAGGUGCGGAGGCGGGGCAGGUGGAAGGCAUUGUCCAGCGUCCAACGGUACUCCAAGACGUUCGCCCUCACGCAGUUCCGUGCAAAAAUGCAGAAGAAGGUGCUGGACGUGGGCCCCCGUGCGACCUCAGACCUAGCUGCCGAGAUACUCCGUGCGACAGAGUCCCGCACCAACUACAGCAAGCAGCAGCAGCAGCUGGUCGACGGCAUCAGGACGAAUCUGAAGACGAAGAAGGUGAAAGAUGUCGCCGCAGAGCUCUUGAUGCUGGGACCCACCACAAAGCAGAAGCAGAAGACCACCACCAACAAGAAGUCCACCAAGGGUGACACAAGCUGCCCAGAGUCCGACGACCUCUACUCCGACGAGAC